UAUACGUUCUGCACGGAAUUUGAAGUUGAACGAUCGCGUUCGACAAUGAUAUUUUCCAUUGAUUUCAAAAUUAUCUGUCUGCAAUUGUUUUCCUUCCGCGGGAGGGCUUGAAAUUCAAAUUUAUUAAUUAGGCUCGUGUAAAAUUGAGAGGUUAAUUAAUUCCCUGUACCGUCCCGCGAGACUUCUUGUCAGCGGUGAACAGUAUAAAGCGUAAAGUAUUAAUAGUUUGCUACCGAGAUGUCACACACCACUGUAUAUAGAACCAAUCUAAUGUUCUUUGUAACGAUAAAUACGUCCAAAGUGUCCUCGAAUAAUUUUUAAUUUUUGAUUUUUGAACCGGAUCGAACAAGUAUUCGUUGAACGUCAUCGAGCGCGAUCAAACAGAAUCAAAUCAAUUUAUCAAUGACUAUGUUAUCAAGUAUUUACGAGUAAGAGUACGAAACGAUUUUUCGCAACAUUCGAACAAUGCGAUCAAAAUGGAUUAUACAUCGUGACGAGUGUCCUCGACUUGUUCAACAUUUCAUCUAUUCGUUCUCUAAAGUGCGAGUCAAAUUGAGUUGACAAAGAAAAAAACGCAGCUCAUAAGCGGGACUUUGUCUUCUUUUUGUCUUCAGAGUGUGUCUGUGUAGCAUUAACGUUUAUUAAUUUGUUCUAUUCAAUUUACCAAAGUUUUUUUUCUAAUUUGAUUCCAUUCUUAACAAGAACCAUGUCAAAGUCAGAUUCACCCAAAUAUGUGACAGCACUGUUUUCCUUUAAAGGGAAAAACAAUGAUGAACUAUGUUUUAAGAAAGGAGAUGUGAUUACAAUAACCCAGACUGACGAGGAAGGUUGGUGGGAGGGUACGUUGCACGACAAAACAGGCUGGUUUCCAUCUAAUUAUGUGAAAGAGUGCAGAGUUCCAGACAGCGGUGUUUCCGCCGUUAAGGCCUCUCCAGAAAAGAUUCAGCAAGAAUCCCCUACUCAUCAGAAACUUAAUCGCGAUAUCGUGCUAAAGGAUAUAGUAGACUCUGAAAGAGUAAAUGUAGCAGAGUUGCAGGGUUUGAUAAAUAGCUUUUUACAUCCUCUAGAAUCUGCAAAUAUACUGAGCAAAGAAGAAUAUAAGCAACUUUUAGGUAACAUACAGGAAAUCAUGGAGGUACAUCAACGAUUGUUAAAUAAUUUGGAAACGACGAUGGCUCAAGGUUGCGCGUCGAGAGUUGGUAAUCUUUUUCUAACGCUUGCACCAAAAUUAAAGUCCAUACAUACAGCGUACUGUGGAAAUCAUCCACGGGCUGUGUGCGUUUUAGACCGGUAUAGGGACGAAUUGAACGAUUUCAUGGAACGCAACGGAGCGAUAUCGCCUGGUAUAUUAGUAUUAACUACAGGUUUAAGCAAACCUUUUCGAAGACUAGACAAGUACUCGGCUAUGCUUCAAGAAUUGGAAAGGUAUACGGAGAAGAACCAUCCCGAUAGAGGCGAUACGCAACGUAGUAUAGUUGUAUAUAGAGAAAUAGCGGAUCGAUGUGCGUCCAUAAGAAAGCAACGAGAAUUGGCGCUGCAAGUGUUAACUAGCGGCAUCAAAGGAUGGGAGGGAGAAGAGCUAAGUUCGCUCGGGGAAAUUCUUUACGUUGGAUCCGUCACUAUAGCAAAUGGAACAAACGGGCUAGAUCGUCGGGAUAGAUAUUUUGUUCUUUUCCCUACGACGCUCUUGGUUCUCAGCACCAGCCCUAGGAUGAGUUCUUUCGUCUAUGAAGGAAAGCUUCCUUUGACGGGUAUCAACAUUAUUCGGAAAGAAGAUUCGGAAGAAAUAAGGAAUGCCUUUGAAAUUACAGGACCAAUGAUCGAGAGCAUACUCGUGCUUUGCACCAGCAAAGAGGAGCGGCAGCGUUGGAUCGAACUUUUGAUUCAAGAACAAACGGCGAGCAACAGUCUCGUGAAAUCGCCUACGACCUCACGUAUUUGCAGUCAACCGAACGGGAAACUGCAACAACAGCCGCAACCACAGCAACAACUGCAGCAGCAGCAACCAAGAUCGACCGUGGAGCAUUGCACCCCCGUAGGAAUUAGAACACCGUGGAGUAUUGCCUCGUUACGACCAGCACCUCCUCUGUAUACUGUCAGAGCAUUUGGUAAAACUGAUACCAGUUUGGAUUUAUCACGCGCACCACGACCGUGUAAGGAAAAACAGUUUGAAGAGGACGCCAUUAUAUUGAAGGUGAUCGAGGCGUAUUGUCUGUCCGUCAAUGCUAGAUUUACCGUCCAUUCUGGAGAGUCGACUUCAAUGUUGGAAUAUGAUUCUCAUAAAUCGCGUGACAGGACGUCUUUGAUGCAUAACAGAGGAAAUUUGGAUUUGUGUAGCAACAGGGUACUGUCGGAAACUGUGAAAACGUUGAAAAGUCAAAUGACAGAUUUACAAUCGCAAAUGUCGCUCUUGACGAAACAACUUGACGAAGAACGAAGAUCGAGACUUUCCCUAGCGGCUACUGUAAAACGUAGCAUGGGUGUCGUGGAUGGAUCUGUGCCUUGAACAUUCUUUUUUUUUUAUUGGCAAGUUUUCAUAUCAACAGUUGAUCAACGUUCGUAUAAUGGAGGUUGUAUUUCACGUUGAAAGUAAUAUUUUGUCCUUUUAUAAAUUGUACAUGUACCGCCGCGGAUUAUUCAGAGACGAAUAAACAGAUGAUUGAAAAAAA